GGGGAACCGGCCCGGCCUCCCCCUGCGUCCGGGCGGGGCGGCGAGUGUUUUGCUGCAGGAGCCUGGACCAUUCCAGCAGGAACAAGGGAGAGAUGCAGGUUUGAAAACUAAAGCACUUACCUCAGCUGGGAUAAGGCUGUUUUCACAAGACACAAAAUGGCUGCAAAGCACCAUGGUCGGAAGCCCCUGGGGCUGCAGAUCCAGGGUCCACUACAACAAGUGGUGCUAACGCAUGUCAAAGUGGAAACAGAAAAUCCAGCAGGGCCCAAACCAGGGAAGGAAUCGGAGAGAGAAGGGAAAGACGCUGCUGUGAUGCCACCCAUCUCAGCAUGUCCCCCAUUGUCCCAGACAGGACGACAAAAAUCCAGCUCUGAGCAACAGGAGAAGAUCCCCCAGCAUUGGGAAAAUCAAAAUCAGGACAUGCUGCGAGCCCCCUGGACCUCUCCUGAGGCUGUACCGGCAUCAGCCUGGGCCUGGGGAAACCCAGAACUGCCUGAGCUCACACCAGAGGAUGACAUUGAGGUCUAUCUAGCUUCCUUCGAGCGAGUGGCUGAAGCCUGCCACUGGCCCAGAAGAGAGUGGGUGACCCGACUCCUGCCAUCUCUCACUGGAAAAGCCCAACAGGCCAUUAGCAGCCUGAAUGCCAGAGACGCCCAAGACUACAGGAAGGUGAAGACAGCCAUCCUGCGAGUGCAACAUCAGCACGAGAUGCAGCGCCUUCACUUCAGGCAGUUCCGCUACCAGGAGGCCAAAGGGCCCCAGGAGGUCUGCAGCCGCCUGCGGGAACUCUCCCAUCGAUGGCUGAAGCCGGAGAUCCGCACCAAGGAGCAGAUCAUGGAGCUGCUGAUCCUGGAGCAGUUCCUGACCAUCCUGCCUGAGGAAAUCCAGAGCUGGAUCUGGGUACGUCACCCGGAAACUUGCGCCCAGGCUGUUUCCCUGGCAGAGGAUUUCCAGCUGGGACAGCGAGAGGCUGGAGUGUGGGAGCAGCAGGUCACAGUGCACGUAAAGGUUGAGGAAAUGGAGACCCCUGAAGCAUUAUGGGAAUCUCAGAACUCCCAGCUGGAGCAACUGCAGCCCAGUCACAAGUGCGUCUCCCCAGAGGAGGUUGGACAAGACAAGUCCAAGUUGCCCUGUGCCGAGGAGAAUCAAGCACUACAGGAAACUGGUGCUGGGAUCCUGAGCAGAACUGAGGAGCAGCCUUGUGACAAAGGCCCUGAAAACCUGCUGCUGCCCAGCGUACCAGAAAGGGGAUCAGGAGAGAGUGUUACCCACAAAUGUGAGCAGGGAGAAGCCUGCAAGAGGCAGAAGAGGAGCCCAGCACAUGAGACAGAUCCCCCAGGGGAACGUGAGAGCAGAUUUAGGAGACUAACCCAGCUCCCUGCACCGGGGAGACCACGGACCAUAGGAGACUAUCACUGUCAAAGCAAUUUUCUCAGGACAGAGAAACCCCACAGAGGUAGAGACUGUGGGGAAAGGUUCGGGGACAAGCAGAAGCUUACAGAGCAUGGAAAAGUCCACAGGAGUGAGAGGCCCCAUCCUUGUGCUGAAUGUGGGAAGAGCUUCAACCGCCUAGCUCAUCUCAAGACACACCAGAGAACCCACACAGGAGAGAAACCCUAUUUCUGUGCAGAUUGUGGGAAACGCUUCGGCCACCUCUCCACACUGACCACUCACCAGAGACUGCACACAGGGGAGAGACCUUACUCCUGUGCUGAGUGCGGGAAAACCUUCACUCACCCCUCAGACUUGAAUAAGCACCAGCGCUCCCACACAGGUGAGCGGCCCUACCCCUGCGCCGAGUGCGGGAAGCGCUUCAGCCAGCUCUCCAACCUGACUAAACACCAAAGAAGCCACACCGAGGAGCGGCCUUACCCAUGCACUGAGUGUGGGAAGAGCUUCAAAUACCUCGCUGAUCUCACUGUGCACGAGCGCUCCCACACGGGCGAGCGGCCCUUCCCAUGCCCUGAGUGCGGGAAGAGCUUCAGUAACAAAUCCUCUCUGGCCCGUCACCAGAGAAUCCACGCCAGAGCCGCAGCCAGAAACAAGUGAGACCAUGUUUAGACUAUAGACUAAGCAAGAGCUCCCCUCCCAUUAGCCUGUAUAUGUGAUUGGAGCAGAACAUGAGCCACUACUACACAGCCUGAGGGAAGUCAGCCCUCCACCCUCCCUUAUGCCAUCAUCACCCCCUCACAUCCUACAGGAGAAUGAGGAGGCUUAAGUGGAGUCCCAGUGCCUGAAACCUCCAGAAGAUAUUCUGUUCUUACCUGCUUUUACUAAUAGCACCUAGCUCUUGUAUAUCUCUCUCCAUAUGUUGAAGUGCUGCAGAAAGGCGGUAAGGUGAUAAGAGAGCCCUGCUUUCCUUUCUGCUGCUCUGGGGCAGGUGUGUAUUUGUAGUAUCCAUAAGCAAAGCAGGGCAGCCAGAGGAGAAAGGAUUUUUGUUUUCCAAGGCCCCAACAUCUGAGAUCUAUCAACUCCACAGGAGAAAUGGUCCUGCUUCCCAACAGCACUCUGCUAGCAGCACCUCUCACUGCCUGGCCCCUGCAAUGCCUGAUUUGUAACUCAGGCCUGGUCUACACUAUGCGUUUAAACCGAAUUUAGCAGCGUUAAACCGAUUUAACCCUGCACCCAUCCACACA